CAGCAUCAACAUCCUUCGUCUUAUACUCUUGUCUUAAAGCUCCCAACUUCAUAUCCCUAAAGGAAAACCAACUGCAGAUUUUGAAGAGGAAAACAAGCUGAUAAUGGGAAGACAACCUUGUUGUGAGAAAGUUGGAGUUAAGAAAGGGCCAUGGACUCCUGAAGAAGAUAUCAUCUUGGUAUCUUAUAUUCAAGAACAUGGUCCUGGGAAUUGGAGGGCUAUUCCCACCAAAACAGGGUUGCUUAGAUGUAGCAAGAGCUGCAGACUUAGAUGGACAAAUUACUUGAGGCCUGGGAUUAAAAGGGGUAACUUUACAGAAGAUGAAGAGAAAAUGAUAAUCCACCUCCAAGCUCUUUUAGGCAACAGAUGGGCUGCAAUAGCAUCUUACCUUCCUCAAAGAACAGACAAUGACAUUAAAAACUAUUGGAACACUCAUUUGAAGAAGAAGCUCCAAGGCAAUGAAGGUUAUUCUAGAGAUGGGCUUUCAUCGUCAUCAGCAGCAGCAGCAGCAUACCAGAUUUCUAGAGGUCAAUGGGAGAUGAAGUUGCAGACUGAUAUCCACAUGGCUAAAAAAGCUUUAUCUGAUGCAAUAUCCCCAGCGAAAUCAAGUGGUUCAGUUGAGUUUGAACCCUUCAACGGCCACACAUCUUAUGCGAAACAAAGUGGAUAUGCUUCGAGCACUGAAAACAUAGCUAAGUUGUUGAAAGGGUGGAUGAGAAGUCCCUUGAAAAUGGCUGAUUCUGCAGAUUUUAGUGUAGAAGGGAUUGAUCCAGUGAAGGAAGAGAAGAACAAUGAGGAAACGGCUGAGGGUUUUCAAUCAGUUUUAGGGUUUGAAUCUUUAGAUUCUUCCAUUUCUGAUAUCUCAGAAUCUAUGUCACCAGAGGCAAGCCUUUUACAAGACGAAAGUAAACCAAAUCUUAAUGCCCAAACUGAGCUUUCAUUGCUCGAGGAAUGGCUUUUUGAUGAAGGCAAAGAUUACAAACUUUGUGAUUUGGCAUUAGAUGAAAACGUUAAUUAUUUCUAAUGGGGAAUUUGUUUGUUUUAAUGGCUUCUUUGGGAUACUACUUUUGAUCUUGGUGUAUAAUGUUUUUUUUUGGGGUUUAAGCUUUGUUAAAUAAAGAAAUUAU